UUUAGUAAUCCAAAAUCCAAAAUGGCAGAAACAGUACAAUAUUAUCUCGAAAAAAUGGUGCCUGAACUGGAAGAUUAUGAGCAAUACGAAAUGAAUUUAGAACAAUUGAGAAAAAAACGUAAAGAACGCUUGGCAUUAAGAGGAAAGACAUCAAUAUCAGAUUACGCAAUCACUAGAAGGCUAUAUCAUAUUUUUGAUCGCGCAGUUAUAAAGUUUAAAGGCGACAUUUCUUUGUGGUUGCAAUAUAUAGAAUUUGCUAAAUCAGCAGGGGCUGGAAAGUUGCUUGGCAAGAUCUUUGGGAGAGCUUUACAAUUUCAUCCAACGAAGCCUUUAUUCUGGAUACUUGCUGCAAAAUGGGAGUUUGAGGCUAACGCUAAUAUAACUGCUUCCAGAG